AUGACUUUUGUUGCACCUCCUGGUUACCAGCCUGUCUACAACCCUAGCAUUCCCUAUCUGGGGCCCAUCUAUGGAGGCCUGAGGGAGGGCUCAUCCAUCUACAUCCAGGGAUCUAUACCUGAAGACAUCACCAGGUUUCAUGUGAACCUACUGUGUGGCCAGUCUGACACUAAUGACAUCGCCCUCCACUGUAACCCUCGCUUUGAUGGCUGGGACAAGGUGGUCUUCAACACCCGUCAGAAUGACUGCUGGGACUCAGAAGACAAGAUCAGAAGUAUGCCUUUCUGUAAAGGAGAGAGAUUUGAGAUGGUGAUCAUGGUCACAUCACAGGGCUACCAAAUCAGAGUCAAUGGUAAAGACUUUCACAUGUUCCCACACCGAAUCCCCGUGGAGAGGGUUGGAGGGUUGCAGAUUGCAGGAGAUGUGGCUGUUCAGAAUAUCAACAUUAUCGGGGUUGGCAUGGGUGGAGGCAUGGGUGGAGGUUACCCGGGCAUGGGUGGAGGUUACCCUGGAGGCAACAUGGGUGGAGGAUACCCAGGAGACAACAUGGGGGGAGGAUACCCUGGUAGCAACAUUGGGGGUGGAUACCCAGGAUCAGCCCUUCCGGGUAUGGGUGGUCAACCUGUUUACAACCCACCUGUGCCAUAUCAAGGCAUGAUUCCUGGAGGGCUGUUUCCCAAAAGAACCAUCAUCAUCAGAGGCAUGAUGCCCUAUGGAGGCAACAGGAUGGCUAUAAACUUUGUGAUCAGUAGAACACAGGACAUUGCCUUCCACCUGAAUCCAAGGAUUAGUGAAGGAAUCGUGGUUAGAAACAGUAUGAUAGGAGGGGGCUGGGGCAACGAGGAACGAGAACUCAACUUCAACCCAUUUGCAGAGGGACAGUACUUUGAUAUGUCAAUUCGCUGUGGAAAUCAGAGGUUUAAAGUGUUUGUGAACGGACAGCACCUGUUUGACUUCUUCCACCGCAUGCAGUCAUUCAAUGAGAUCGACCAGCUGCAGAUAGACGGCGAUGUGCAGAUCUCCUACAUCCACUUCUGA